AUGGAGGUCCUGAUUUCAAACUGGUCUAAUGUUCAAUCUAUGCCUGAAAGUUUUGUCUUCCCACCGGAAAGAAGACCAGGAAAGAACCUCGUUCCGGUGUGUAACGACAUUCCGGUGAUUGAUCUUAAACCAAUUGAUGAGGAUCAUGAUCCAGCAGAGACAAUUCAGCAAAUUCUCAAAGCAAGCCAAGAAUUCGGAUUCUUCCAGGUGAUCAACCAUGGAGUUUCAGAAGUUUUAAUGGAUGACACAAUGAGUGUGUUCAAAGAGUUCUUCGGCUUGCCUGCUGAGUACAAGGCAAGCUUUUACUCUAAUGACAUCAAUAGAAGCUGUAGGCUCUACACAAGCACUUUAAACUAUGACAAAGAAGAGUUUCAUUACUGGAGAGAUAAUUUCACCCACCGUUGUCAUCCUGUAGACGAUUAUAUCCAGUUUUGGCCCGAAAAACCAUCCAGAUAUCGAGACGUUGUUGGACAAUAUUCGGUUGAAGUAAGGAAAUUUCUUUUGAGGAUUUUGGAUCUGAUGUGUGAAGGACUUGGACUUGAACUGAGAUAUUUUGAUGGUGAAUUCAGCAAAAAUCAGCUGUUGUCUGUAAAUUAUCAUGUCCCGUGCCCCGAUCCGAGCUUGACCUUGGGGAUGCCUGAGCAUUCUGAUCCUAACCUCAUAAGCAUGCUUCAGCAGUGUGAUGUUCCUGGACUUCAAUUCUUAAAGGAUGGGCAAUGGAUUGGUGUUGAGCCACUCCCUAAUGCUCUUCUAGUCAUACCAGGCCUCCAACUACGGGCCAUCAGCAACGACAAGUUCCAAAGUCCAAAACAUCGCGUGGUGACACAUUCAAAGGAGGCACGAACCACCAUUGGCUGCUUUCUUAUUCCCUCUAACGACGUAUGUAUUGAACCUGCAAGAGCUUUGGUUAAUUCAGGCAGUCCUCAGUUCUACAGAGCCUAUAAAUAUCAAGAAUUUUUCAGCACAUUUACAGUGAAAGGUUGUGAUGCUGAUGCUGCUUUUGAGUCAUUUAAGCUUCAUGGAUAA